AUGGAGAAAGAAACAAGAAGCUCCACUAUGGUAGAUAAAAUUUCUCCUGGUUCUGAUGUCAUUGCACAUGAAAGUCCCUCAACAUUAUCUAUGGUAUUGCCAUCCACAAGUUUUAUGAAAGUUGGUGAAGGGCCUAAGGCUGAUGAGAAGUUUGAGGUGUCACCUAUCUCUGGUCCAAACAACAAUGCAGCUACAUUUGCAAUUACAACAGUAACAGGUUUCGGUUCUGACAAGCCUGCUUUACCAAAUGGGUCAAUUUCUAAUCCUUCUUUGUUUAAUUUGGAGAAUAAGAUUAUUUCGUCAGCAGAGAUAUCAACUUCUGUUACUUCAUCAAAGGAGACAGCCAAAUCAGCUCUGGUAUUUGGUUUGGAGAAAGCUGUUCCCUCAAAGGAGGGUGGUCCUGAUGCUCCACCCGUGAAUUUUGACACCAAUCAAAAUGUUUUCAAGGUUCCUCCAAUCCCAUUUACUACUUCAUCCAUAGUUGGUGGUGAAUCUUCUCUGAAGUUUGGUGCUUCUUUUGACUCUCAGUCGGGAGGCUCCAUCAGCUUCACCACUGUUGCUGGUUCGACUGGUUCUAUGCAGAAAGUUCGUGAAACUGAUGGUGGUGAUGCUGAGACUAACACAAAUACUGGCUUUUCUGUUAGGACAGCAGAACUAGCGGUUUCAUCUGCAGCACCUGCAUCAUUAUCGACACCACCAAACAGCCCUUCAUUCUCUUCUUCCUUUCCAUCUCCCGUAUCAAGUAACUUUAGCAACAGUAGCUCGUCUCUUUCAGCAAUCGGUGGCAUUAGUGCUACUACUGCUUCCACUGGAGUUCGCAAGAGACAAAGGCUAGAAAAAAGUUCUGGAACAAGCACUGUUCCAGCUAUUGCCAAUGGGCCUACAACUGUAUCAUCUGGAAUUACUAAUUCAGCCCCUUCAUCUACUGUAAAUGUAGAUAGAAUUAGUCCAUCGGAUGGUGGUAAUGUUACUGUCGGUAAGGAUUUUCCUUCUGAUAGUUCAGACAAAGGUGUAAAAGUUGUUGCUGAAAGAGAGUCAAUGCCUUCCAUCAGUGACGGGUUAGGAACUAGACCGUCGUCGUCAUCAGCUGUCUGCUUCUCUUCUUCAGACCCAGUACUGGUUCCAUCGAAUGAUUCACGUUUUCCUGGUGCUGUUGGUGCAAUUAAGCGGGAAGUGGGAGGCCAACGUCCUCCUACGGAAUUAAAUGUGGCCAACACUUCUGAGAACAAGUCUUCUGCUUCUGAGACUGGUAGCUCUUUUCAAGGAAAGAAUCAAAGAAAAUCACCAGCAGUGGCAAAGAACCAUGUUCCUGAGGUGCCAUCUUCAUCAACAGUAAUACAUGGGACCACCUCAGUUAGCCGCCCUUCAUCCAAUAACAACAACCGAUCACAACAGAUAAGCGGCCUUCGGAAAGCUGAUUCUAUUAAGGAGUGGAAACCAAAGCCAACACAUUCAAUUAACCAGGUUUCCGGACCAGCUAGCGUAUCUGAGUCUUCCGUUGUCUCAGCUGAAGCUACCAUACAGUUGCCGUCUGUGUCUAAGGUCCUUGAUUCGGAGGAAGCUGCUUCUGAACUGCAGAAGAAGCUUGAGAAUUUACACGUUCCACCGCGUCAACAUGUCAUUCUUCCAAACCAUAUUCUGGUUCCUGACAGAUGGAUGGAGUCAAGGCCAUGGGAAGGGCAAAACACAAAGGAUGAAAAAUAUCAUCCUGUUGCCGGAACUGUAUUUAAUCAGUUGAUGAACUUCAACACACUUCAUCAUUAUAUGACUGAUCUUGCAAGAAAGUACAAGACAUACAGGUUGCUUAGCCCUUGCAGAAUGCAGCAAAACUUGCAAAUAUUGUGUCUGAAGCUGCAAUGUCCAAUACUAAGUUAG